ACUCUCAGCACUCAGCCGUGGAUCUCAUUCCGGUGACGUCAUAGUUAUGCGACAACCAGCGGAGUUCCCUUCCUCCACGUGAUUGGCGCCGGGAGCAGCAGCGUGCGUGUCUGAGCGAGGCCGGAGACUUGAUUCUAGCAUCUACCCUGGCAGCAUGGCGGAUCAGCAGCGAGUGGUGUCGAGCGAUCUCUUCCCGCUUGUUCUCCGCUUCCUGCGGGACAACCAGUUCACCAACGCAGCUAAGGAGUUCAUCAAGGCCACAGGAGGGAAAGAUCAGGACUCAAGCCCAUCCUCUCUUCUGGAUAUAUACAGCGAUUGGUUGAAGUCACCAGAUUCAAAGAAAAGGAAACAUCCCAUCAAUGGUCUUCCUGCUAAGAAAUCUGCAGCGGAAUCCAGUAGCGAGGACAGUUCGAGUGAAGAAGAUGAGCCUCCUGCUAAAAAACAAGCAGUUACAGGAGGCAAAAAGCCAAUCGUCAAAGCUCUGCCUCCAAAGAAAGUCAAAAGCAGCAGUGAGGACUCCAGUGAUGAUUCGGACUCUGAAGAGGAAACUAAUAAGAAAGCACCUCCUAAAAAGGCCACACCCAAGCCAAAGGCAGUAAAUGCCAAAGUCCCACCUUCGAAAAAAGCAGAGGUCUCCAGCAGUUCAGAGGAUGAAGCACCAAAGAAAAAGCAAACUCCUGCCACCAAGCCCCCAGUACAGAAAUCUGCAGCAAAGACAACACCAUCUACAAAGGUGAGGAAGUCUGACAGCAGCAGCAGUGAAGAGUCAGAUGACAGCACACCAGCAAAGGCCACUGCUACAAAAACUCCUCCGGCUAAGUCCCCUGCAGCAACUAAACCCCCGGUGAAAAAAGCAGUCAGCGGGAAGAAAAGCUCCAGCAGCGACGACGACUCUUCCGACUCUGAAUGUGCAAAACCAGCAGCAAAGACUAAACCAAAGCCAGGUCCGUACAGUGCAGUGCCUCCACCCACAGUGGCAAAGAAAGAAAAUGUGAAUAAGUCUACCCCUAAGGCAAAUGCAAAGAAGGCAGAGCGUAGCAGUGAUGAGGAGGAGCAGCCCGCAAAGAAAGCCAAAAUGACUCCAGGGAAAUCUGCAGCUGCAUCAGCCAAGCCUGUGGCUAAGAAAAAGAAAGCGAAAUCGAGUGAUUCAGACUCAAGUGAUGAAGGUGAGAAGACAUCUAAGCCAGUAGCAAAAGUAACACCCGGGAAAAGUGCCUCAACUCAGAAAGUGACACCCGCAAAGAAUGGCGCACAAGCCAAAAAGGAAUCCAGUUCUUCUGACAGCUCUGACUCAAGUGACGAUGAAGUUAAGAAGGCUCCAGCCAAGCCUGCAGCAAAAACUACACCUGCAAAGGCUUCUGCAAAAGUGGCCACUUCAAAACCUGCUGCCGCUAAGAAGGAUUCCAGCUCCUCUGACAGCGACGAUUCAAAUGACGACGAAAGCAAGAAGACUCCGGCUAAGCCAGCAGCAAAAACUACACCUGCAAAGACUCCUGCAAAACCGGCCACUGCUAAAAAGGCUGCCAGCUCUUCAGACAGCUCCGACUCAAGUGACGAUAACAGUAAGAAGACUCCGGCUAAGCCAGCAGCCAAAUCUACACCUGCAAAGACUCCUGUGAAACCCAUUGUAGCUAAAAAGGCUUCUAGCUCUUCUGAUAGCUCCGACUCAAGUGACGAUGAUAAAAAGAAGACUCCGGCUAAGCCAGCAGCAAAGACAACACCUGCUAAGGCUGCUGCUAAACCGGCCCCUGCAAAACCUGCGACAGCUAAAAAGGCUGCCAGCUCUUCUGACAGCUCUGACUCAAGUGACGAUGAUGGAAAGAAGACUCCGGCCAAGCCAGCAGCAAAGAGUACACCUGCAAAGGCUGCUGCAAAACCUGCCACUGCUAAAAAGGCUGCCAGCUCUUCCGACGACUCUGACUCUGACAGCGAAGAAGAUAAGAAAGCUGGAAGCAAAAUUACUCCCAAACAGCCUUCUGCAACUAAGCAAUUACCAGUGAAAAAAGCCAAAAAUGAGAAAAAGACCCCUUCAAAAACUAUCACCCCCAAGGCUGCUGCACAAGUGAAAGGCAAGGCUGCAGCAAAGGCCAGUAGCUCAGACUCUGACAGCUCAAGUGAUGAGGAAGAGAAAGCUGGUAAAGUAGUAAAAUCUCCUGCUGCUGCUAAGAAACCAGUUCCUGUGAAUAAAACAAAGGCCAGUAGUAGCUCCUCAUCAGACAGUUCCAGCGAUGAAGAUGACAAAGCUAAACAAACCGCUGUGAAAAAAGGGGCUGCAAAACAGAAUAAAACAAUCGCUAAAAAGGACGGUUCUGAUUCUACAAAGAAAAACACCCCUUCUAAUACACCAAAGGCAGCAGCCAAGAAAGCAGAAGAGAGUUCAGAGGAAAGUUCUUCCAGUGAGGAAGAAGGUAAAGAAAAUGGUCAUUCUGGUAAGAGAAAAAGAGUAGAAGAUGGAUUGACUCCAGAGAGUAAAAAGAUACAAGUCAAAACUCCAAAUACGUUCCCCAAGGCUAACAAGAAGGAAGUUCACAAACCAACCCCAUUCCGAAGAGUAGCUGAAGAGGAAGUUGAGAUUGAUCCUAGAGUUGCUAAUAAUUCAUUUGAAGCAAAGGCAGGAUCAAGAGGAGACUGGGGAGAAAGAGCCAAUAAUGUUUUAAAAUACACAAAAGGAAAAUCUUUCCGUCACGAAAAGACAAAGAAAAAACGGGGCAGUUAUUGUGGAGGGGCAAUUUCCACAUCUGUUAACUCCAUAAAGUUUGACAGCGAAUGAACUGAACAUGAAUUCUUUGUUGAAUAUAAUUUAUGAAUCACCUCUAAAACCUUAUGGACCGGAUACUUUUACUUGUAUGUGACCAUUAACCUGUUUGUGCAUAUUUUGUUUUAUCACAGGCUCAGAAAUGUUUCCGAUUGUGUUCAAAACCUCAUUUACUGUAUUUUUUUUUUUUUUUAAUAAACUGCCAUCCAAUCACAUUAAAAAUGGUU